AUGGUUACCGCAGCUGUCUACUCCGAAGUCAAGAGGCUCUACUGGUCUGUUCAAGAGCUGGUUGACCUCCGCCGCAGGAAGUGCCAGGUGCAGAUCAUCUCGGUCCUCCGUGAGAAAGCAGCCGUUUCCCGCCUCGGCGUAGUCCACGCCGACGCCGACGACACUGCGGCUACUGGACUCACUAACUCGGCCGUCACCACCACAACCACCGCCGCCGUCCCCGCGCCCCGGCCAUCACGCUGCCUGACCGGCCGCCACGCUGCGGCGGGGGGUGGCUUGCUCACCCUCUCACCGCCGCCGCGUCUGUCGAUCCCCAUCCGAUUCCCGUCACGAACAACGGGGCGGCAAGUAGUCGGCGUGGGUCGUCGGGGUCGCCUCUGUCUCUGCGCAACAGCAGCAGCAAGACCCGGACGGGGACCGGUCUGUGUCGACUACCACGGCGUCAAUUUCGCCGCUUGA